UCAGGAAUGAAUGAAUGAAAAAGACUGAAGCAGUAGCUGUACAAAGAACAAUGAACAUGGAAACAAGUAAAAAAGCAACUUUUGCAGAUUUUAAGCUGUUUGUAUCAAAUUGGUACGAUGAACACAUACCCAUCAAUAUGCUGAAAGUAUUAUUCAAGGACCAUGUAAAAAAUACUUUUGAAUUACAUGUUUCUUCUAAGACAAUAACCUUAAUGAAUAUGUUGGAAGCAUCUGGAAGUUUGAGGCCAACAGACCUCACUCUCCUCUAUGAUACUAUUAAGGCAACAGAGCAAUUUGGUCUGGAAUAUAAAAUUCAAAAUGAAAUGCCAUCAUUCCAAAUUUCCAAAAGUAUAAGGGAUAGUGUAAUUACAAAAUUCACACCACAUCGGCAAAAACUUGUAAAGCUGGGAUUGGCGCUCACUCCAAGUGAUGUACAAAAGAUCAGUGAUCUGUAUGAGGUAAAACAUACAGAUAGCUGGAGUUUGAUUAUGGAUCUAGAACAUAAUCUGGUUAUUUGUGAAGAAAACAUGGAUGCAUUCAUUGAAAAGUUGAAAAAACACAAACUCCACCAAGCUGUGAAAGCUGUAACAGAAGAAAUUCCAAAGCCACCAUCAAACUCAGGACAAGCAAGUGGUAAGAUAAUUCAUCUUAUUAUAAUGUUACUGUUAUUUGUGCAAAUACUUUAUUAUACAGUACAGUAAAGUAGUUGAUCUGGGCAG